UUUUGUCGAAGUGAUAGACGUAUGAUUAUAUCCACGUUGAAAACAAAUUGAGGUGUAGUUAGCGAAGCCCAUGAAAUAAGAUGUUCCUUAUUGGUCGUUGUGCUCGUCCUACUCGUGAGAAAAUUGUCCGAUGUUUCUCCCUGUCGAAAAUUUCGCCUAGACAGUGGGUCCAUUCCGAACCAAAAAGUAUCCAUACUGGAAAAAAAAUAUCCAUGUGUGACAAUUUUCAGGAAACCCUAUGGAUCCACUUACUCACAGAUUUGAUUAUUUGUCGGUAUAACAACCUUCUAAAUCGUCACAUUUCCAUCAAAUGGCACAACAAGCCCGGCUGGCACAAUUGGUUAGCGCGUGAGACUCUUAAUCUCAAGGUUGUGGGUGUAAGUUCAAAUCAACUACCAGUUUCUGAUUCAAUCAUCAGUACUAACAAAGUCAAUAGUCGAGUCCCACGUCAGGCUUCAAGCAACAUUCUUUUUUUGCACUUUUUUUAUGGGCAAUUUUUUCUUUUUUUAUUGGUCUGGUGCUCGGGUUCUCGGUUGGUUUCGGCGGCGGUUCCAUGGACAGGUGCCGGCAUAUAGCGUAGAUGUACCAAGUAGGUAGAUCGAAGACGGGAAACGUUGCCGAAAAUAGCUCUUUACUGGUACCAGCUUCAUCACUUUGAACUUGUUUUGACUGUAAUGAUUGCUGUGUCUUCUCGUGUUCUUACAGUUACAUGUGCAUUCGAAC